AUGUCCUUCGGCAGAGACAUGGAGCUGGAGCACUUCGAUGAGAGGGACAAGGCGCAGAGAUACAGCAGAGGGUCGCGGGUGAACGGCCUGCCGAGCCCCACGCACAGCGCCCACUGCAGCUUCUACCGCACCCGCACGCUGCAGACCCUCAGCUCCGAGAAGAAGGCCAAGAAAGUUCGUUUCUAUCGAAAUGGAGAUCGAUAUUUCAAAGGGAUUGUGUAUGCCAUCUCCCCAGACCGCUUCCGAUCUUUUGAGGCCCUCCUGGCUGAUUUGACCCGAACUCUGUCGGAUAACGUGAAUUUGCCCCAGGGAGUUAGAACAAUCUACACCAUUGAUGGGCUCAAGAAGAUUUCCAGCCUGGACCAACUAGUGGAAGGAGAGAGUUAUGUGUGCGGCUCAAUAGAGCCCUUCAAGAAACUGGAGUAUACCAAGAAUGUGAACCCCAACUGGUCAGUGAAUGUCAAGACCACCUCAGCUUCCCGGGCAGUGUCUUCACUGGCUACUGCCAAAGGCAGCCCUUCAGAGGUGCGUGAGAAUAAGGAUUUCAUUCGGCCUAAGCUGGUCACCAUCAUCAGGAGUGGAGUGAAGCCGCGGAAAGCUGUCAGGAUUCUGCUGAACAAGAAGACAGCUCAUUCCUUUGAGCAGGUCCUCACUGACAUAACCGACGCCAUCAAGCUGGACUCCGGAGUGGUGAAACGCCUGUACACUUUGGAUGGCAAACAGGUGAUGUGCCUUCAGGACUUUUUUGGUGACGAUGACAUUUUUAUUGCAUGUGGACCGGAGAAGUUCCGUUACCAGGAUGAUUUCUUGCUAGAUGAAAGUGAAUGUCGUGUGGUGAAGUCCACUUCUUACACCAAAAUAGCUUCAUCAUCCCGCAGGAGCACCACCAAGAGCCCAGGACCUUCCCGGCGCAGCAAAUCCCCUGCCUCCACCAGCUCAGUUAAUGGAACCCCUGGUAGUCAGCUCUCUACUCCUCGAUCGGGCAAGUCGCCAAGCCCAUCACCCACCAGUCCAGGAAGCCUGCGGAAGCAGAGGAGCUCUCAGCAUGGUGGCUCUUCUACUUCACUGGCAUCCACCAAAGUCUGCAGCUCAAUGGAUGAGAACGAUGGCCCUGGGGAAGGUGAUGAGCUUGGGACUUGGUAUCUGAGGAGAAGGUCCAGCUUUUAUAGGGGCAGAGGAAUGGAAGUGUUGGAGGAAGGCUUCCAGAUUCCAGCCACAAUAACAGAACGAUAUAAAGUCGGAAGGACAAUAGGAGAUGGAAAUUUUGCCGUUGUCAAGGAAUGUGUAGAAAGGUCGACUGCUAGGGAGUAUGCUCUGAAAAUUAUCAAGAAGAGCAAGUGUCGAGGCAAAGAACACAUGAUCCAGAAUGAGGUGUCUAUUUUAAGAAGAGUGAAGCAUCCCAAUAUCGUCCUUCUGAUUGAGGAGAUGGACGUGCCGACUGAGCUUUAUCUUGUCAUGGAAUUAGUAAAGGGAGGAGACCUUUUUGAUGCCAUUACUUCCACUAACAAAUAUACCGAGCGAGAUGCCAGUGGGAUGCUGUACAACCUGGCCAGCGCCAUCAAAUACCUGCAUAGCCUGAACAUCGUGCACCGAGACAUCAAGCCAGAGAACCUGCUGGUAUAUGAGCACCAAGAUGGCAGCAAAUCCCUGAAGCUGGGUGACUUUGGAUUGGCCACCAUUGUAGAUGGCCCCCUAUACACAGUCUGUGGCACCCCAACAUAUGUGGCUCCUGAAAUAAUUGCAGAGACUGGAUAUGGCCUCAAGGUGGACAUCUGGGCAGCUGGUGUAAUCACUUACAUCCUACUGUGUGGUUUCCCUCCAUUUCGUGGAAGUGGUGAUGACCAGGAGGUGCUUUUUGAUCAGAUCUUGAUGGGGCAAGUGGACUUUCCUUCUCCAUACUGGGAUAAUGUUUCUGAUUCUGCAAAGGAGCUCAUUACCAUGAUGCUGUUGGUCAAUGUGGAUCAGCGAUUUUCAGCUGUGCAAGUCCUUGAGCAUCCCUGGGUUAAUGAUGAUGGCCUCCCAGAAAAUGAACAUCAGCUGUCAGUAGCUGGAAAGAUAAAGAAGCAUUUCAACACAGGCCCCAAGCCGAACAGCACAGCAGCCGGAGUUUCUGUCAUAGCAACCACCGCUCUUGAUAAGGAGAGGCAGGUUUUCCGACGAAGACGCAACCAGGAUGUGAGGAGCCGGUACAAGGCGCAGCCAGCUCCGCCAGAACUCAACUCGGAAUCGGAAGACUACUCCCCGAGCUCCUCCGAGACUGUUCGCUCCCCCAACUCACCCUUUUAAUAAGCCCCUUUUACUCAAAGUCCUAGCUUAACCCUUUGAGACUCUGAGAUUUUUUUCCCCAAAAUUUAUGUGAAACAGUUUCAUCUGAUCUAUCUAGCGCUCAAUGCUUGAAUGGCAGAAGAGAAAGUGUGUUUUCGGGUAUCUUUGUAGCGAUUUCCCUUUACUGAAUGAGAUGGCACGUGUCGUUUGUGAAGAUGGUAAUUUGCUGCUAAUAGGGUCCUCAAAGGGUUAAAGCUAAUUUGCAAAUUUUUUUAAACAUAGAAGCAAUGAAUGUUUUCAUCAGUCAAGUUAGGAUCUGCAGUAUGUAAUAUAGCACAUGUUAACCCUCUGAGUGCAUAGAAUUUUAUUGAGAAUCCUUGCUGGGGAAUUUUUCAGGCCUUUGGAUGUACACGCACAUGUUUCUUGAUUUUACUGCAGAUCAAGGGGUGUUAUUAAAAUGCUGAAACGUCCAGACAAGAAGGGGAUCUAGAAUGAUCUCUUGCUUGUCCUUUUCUGUGGGUUUAGAACAUGGCAGGUUUAUAACUUCAGCAUAUGCACCCCUCUUUCCUCUUCAUGAUCCUAUUAGGAAAAGGGAAUUUUUUUUUUCUUCUUUAGAAGUAUAACCAUCUGCUGCAGUGAGGCCUGCAUGGUGGGGAGUGGAGGGAAUUGGGUUUGUGGCAAACAGCCUGACCCAGGAAAUUGUCGGUGCCCUCUCCCCACAAACUGUCUCCAUACAAAGAUGUACUGGUGACGCCUCAGAAAUGCUGCUUCUACAUCAGCUGCUGCUAGUGCCAGCACAGACCCUCCAGGGAUCACCAUGGCUUAUCUUGUGCUUGGUGAGGGAGGGUCUGUCUGCUCAGUAUCAAACAUCUACAGGAAAGAAACAACUGGUGGAAAAGAGCAAUAAAUUGCCAGGUGCUC